UCUGGCGGAUACUUGGUCUGUUAGGCAGAAAAUAAUAUUUUAUGUCAAAUUAUGUAUAAUUUUUAAUUUUUCAGCUUGUUAUGAAUGUUUAAAUAUAACAUACGCAUUCCCCUUUUGUAUUUGUUGCGAUUUUUUACUUUUAAUUUUUUAGUAAAAAAUUAAAAGUACAUACUGAGAAGGUGACUCUGCAAAAAAUUUGGUUGUAGUGGGGCAUUAAUGCUAAUUUUAUGCAUGCGUGAGGUGACAUGCAAUAAUAGAUUGAAGCCGUAUUGAAUGAACACUGCACUUCACGUGAACUUUUUGUAAGGAAUCAAGUUUAGUCCUUAUAAGGCUGCAUUUGUGAAUGACCAAAACACAAAUUGAAAUACUCACCUUGAAUUUCAUAAAUUCAGGCAUACCCUAAAGAUUUGAGUGGUUUUGUGCGAGAGGAGGCAAUUUGUGUUGAAUUUCAGCCCGAAAAGAUGGAAUUCGUGAGAUACAUAUAUGUGAGAUACAACGGAGUCGUCGAUGGUAUACACUAUGUUGGCGGGGCUACGGAGGUCCUUCCCCUCUUAAAUGAAACAGUUGCGAGCCUGAUAUACAGCAUCAACAAUGUGCUGACAAUGCAUUCGUUGAGCCCGAACUAUCAAUUGUAUUAUUUGGCGACCAAUCGAUUUGGAAGGGAGACGAAAUGCGUAAUAAGUGACGACGAUGAUGUGCAAGGCUUGUUGGAAACUGCCGAAUAUCCCAUGGUGUACGUUGAGCACAACAACGACCCGGUCGAAGAAGCGUACAUCCCUACUUUUGAUUUUGGCCAGGCUUCGGGAUACGGAGAUGAUGAAGCACAAUCUAGUCAGUAUGAGACGUCGUAUCAUGCUCGCGAGAGCGCGCCUCCAACACAGUACUUUUCAUGGGAUGGGCAACUGUUGGACGAAUCCGCAUGGAAUCUGAAUGAAAUGUGCGGGAGAUUCAACCAGGUGCGGACGGAUGACGAUUCUGAUGAAGAAGCCGUACAACCUGAAGACGAAGCCGAAGAACCUGAUGACGAUUCUGAUGAAGAAGACGAAGAAUACGAUCCAACGAACGAGUCGGGCACAGAUUCUGCCGCCUCUGAGGAUUUAUUAGACGAUGAUCUGAUAGAGUUCACGGCGACCGAGCGAGCAGGUUGGAUCCGACAAAGUAGAACCCGUCACGGAAAUCCGACGGACUCGACCGGUGAACUAUCUAAUUGGAUAGUUCCGUUGAUUCCAGUGGACGCCACGACUUCGCUCGUUGCUCGCGAGAGUGAGCUGUCCAGAGUUGCUGAUUUGGGGAAGAACUCUUUUUACAACAGUAAAGAAGAAUUGGUCCUUGCUGUUGGCUUCUGGAAUAUGAAGCAAGGGGCUGAGGCAAAAGUUGUACGCUCAGAUCAGGGACGCCUCUAUUACAAGUGCAAGCACUCUGAUAAGUGCAAGUUCGAUGUGCGUGCAUCUUGUCACGGCGGAGGGAUGUGGGGAGUGCAUAAGUUUAAAGAGCACUCUUGCGAAGGGGAGUUGGGCAUUUUGAAACGAAUAAAGGCACAUUCGAAUGUGGUUGCAGCUUAUGUGGAAAAAAGAAUACGCGAUGACGGAGAGGUCAUUAAGCCGAAAUCUAUUAUGUCGGAGUUGUUACGUGAAUUUGGCGUCAGAAUCAAAUAUGAUGUCGCGCUGCGUGCAAGAAAUCUCAGCUUAGAGAAGAUAUACGGUCGAAUUGAUGAUUCGUUCCUUCUUCUGCCCAAAUAUUUGUAUGCCCUAACUCAAGCGAAUCCAGGCACCGUGAUGGAUUUCGAAGUAGACGAAAACAACCGGUUCAAACAUCUGUUUCUUGCUCUUGCGGCUUCCAUCACACCUUUCUUCUUUUCGCUUCGGCCAGUGAUUGUGGUCGACGGCACACACUUGAAGGGGAAGAACAAUGGCAUUUUGUUCGUCGCCGUGACAAAAGACGCAAACGAGCAAGUUUUUCCGUUGGCAUUUGGUGUCGGGCCGAUCGAGAAUGAUGAGUCAUGGAAGUGGUUCCUCUCAAAUGUGAGACAAACUUUUGGUCAGCCCGACAACUUACUAGUUGUCUCUGAUGCGCAUGUCUCCAUUGCUAAUGCUGUGAAGAGCGAGUUACCAAAUGCUACUCACGGUCUUUGCUACUACCACUUGCAGAACAAAAUUAAGGGCUACGGGCAAGCUGUUGUUGAGCUUUUCCGCCAGGCUGCAUACGCCUACACGGACUCAGAAUUUUCACGUGCAAUGUCGGCUAUGGCUCAAUUGAAGCCGGCGGCGUACGGGAAGUUGAUGCGCGUAGGCCCUGAGAAGUGGGCACGAUCACAAAGUCCGGUGACCCGUUAUAGUUUUCUUACAUCUAAUGCUGCCGAGGCUUUGAAUGCCCGUUUGUUGUGGGCCAGACGCCUUCCUAUAUGCUCCAUGCUGGAGGCAAUCAGGAUGGUUCUGGAGCAGUGGUUCAAUGACAGACUUGCGUCUGCGGAAGAGAACGAUGACCUUCUUACUCCAGAGGCAAAACAGAAGAUAAGUGCGGAGAUCUCAAAGAGUCGUCGCUACACUGCGAAGAGGACCUCCGAGAGAAAAUACAGGGUUCGUGCUGGUGAUCGUCGCUUCAUGGUUGACCUUCAAGCGAAGAGCUGUGAAUGCAAUGAAUUCGACCUGGACGGCAUGCCGUGUUCUCAUGCGAUCGCAGCCAUUACUGAGGCGAAAGAGCCAGUGGAAGAUUACGUGGAAGCUUACUACUUGCGGAGUUCACUGGUUCAAACAUACUCCGGAGCAGUAAAUCACUUGCCUCCCUUAGAGCACUGGGAAAUUCCGUUUGAAGUUGCAUCUGAUAUUGUUUUGCCAAACCUUUCUCGGCGACAAGCUGGUCGACCAAGAGAAUCUAGAAUUCCUUCAGCUGGUGAGAGGCCGACUCAAAGGACCACAACAGCGGAUGCAUCAAGUAGUCUGGGAAAACGAGCACCCAAAACCUGUGGUCUAUGUGGCUCGCCUGGCCACACACGUAGAGCAUGCAAGGGUACGGGCUGGGAGCAGUAGCUUAAUUACCUUUUAUAUUAAAUUUUGAUGGAUAUUGUUGUUGGGAGUAUUGGAUACUGAUUGAAUAUUCAGUAGAGCUAGUUCAUUCCAGUAAGUGAUGUUCUGAAGUUGGGAGUAUUGGAUACUGAUUGAAUAAAUUUCGAAGCGGUUUCAUUUGCAUAAUAUCGAUGA